AUGAUUUUCCAGAUGGGCAAUGUUGUGACAGAAGUUGUGCACCCAAAGUUAUACAACUUGUUAGCUGUACCAUCUCCCUCUGACAACACCACUGCGACGAUUGAUAUGGAAUUAAACAUAGAAUAUCAUUCAUAUAUUAAACUUGAGGAAGGGUUGCAGUUAAUUGAUAAUGGAAUUGCCAAAUUGAAGGCCUUUUUGGAGGACCAAGCUGAAUCCACACGCAGAUUGUUUGAUGCUGAUGAAUAUAUGCCCCUAUACACAACAGUUUAUAAUAUGUGUAUCCAAAAGCCCCCUUAUGAUUUUUCGAAACAACUCUACGAGUGGUACAAGGAAUUGUUAUGCAGUUACCGUACUGAGACGGUAUUGCCAUCUUUAAAAGAGAAACAUGGUGAGUUCUUUCUAAGAGAAAUUGAGAGAAGAUGGGUGAAUCACAACCUCAUGGUCAAAUGGCUUUCACGGUUCUUUCAAUAUCUUACUCGCUACUACAUUCCAAGACAUGGUGUACCUGAAUUGAAUGCAUUGGGUCUAAAAUGCUUCCAAGAUAUUGUUCACAAUAGACUGAAGCAAGCCAGAGAUUUGAUAAUUAAUUUGAUUGAUCAAGAGCGCGAAGGAGCACAGAUUGAUCGAUCUGUAUUGAAGAAUUCUCUGACUAUGUUCACAGCUCUUAAGGUUUAUGAGGACUUUGAGGAGUGUAUGCUUGAUCAUACAUCCUCAUAUUAUGCUCGCAAGGCUUCAAACCAUAUUUUGGAGGAUUCUUGCUCAGAUUACAUGUUGAUGGCAGAGCAAUGUCUGAAAAAUGAGAAAGAAAGGGUAACUAAUUACUUAGAUUUGAGCAGCGAAACGAAGCUGUUAAAGAUAGUGCGGCAUGAACUUCUGUUUUUACCUGCGAAUCAACUACUUGAAAAAGAACACAGUGGAUUGCAUAUAUUGUUACGAGAUGGUCAGGUGACAGAUCUUUCAAGGAUGUAUAGACUUUUUUCAAGUAUAGACAAAGGGCUAGAACCAGCAUCUAUGAUAUUUAGAGAGCAUUUAAUUUCGGAAGGUACAGCUAUGGUAAAAGAAGUGGAUGAUGCAGCUAGUCAGAAAAAGGUUGAGAAUAAAAACAUUGUUGGUUUGCAAGAGCAGGUUUUUGUGCAAAAGACAAUAGAACUUUACAAUAAGUACUAUUCUUAUGUUACUGACUAUUUCAUGGGUCAGCCUAUAUUCCAUAAGGCACUGAAAGAAGCUUUUGAGGUCUUCUGCAACAAGCAAAUUGCUGGAAGUUCAAGUGCAGAAAUUUUUGCGUCUUUCUGUGAUAGUACUUUUAAAAAGGGUGGUGGAAGCGAAAGCUUAAGUGAUGAAGAAAUUGAGGGGAUAUUUGAAAAGAUUGUGAGAUUGCUUGUCUAUCUCCACGAAAAAGAUCUUUUUGCUGAGUUUUGUCGGAAAAAGCUUGCCCGCAGGCUCCUUUCUGAUAGAAGUGCUAAUGAUGACCAUGAGAGGUGUCUGUUAUCAAAACUGAAGCAACAAUUUGGUAGUCAGUUCACGUCAAAGAUGGAGGGGAUGGUUAAUGAUUUGGUCUUUGCAAGAGAUACUGAACUUAAAUUUCAGGACUACCGUUUUAGUAACUCACAUGCAAAUCGAGGCUCAGACAUGGCUGUCACUAUUCUAACUACGGGGUACUGGCCAACUUAUAAGUCCUUAGAUCUCAAUGUUCCUGCAGAGUUGAUUAGCUGCAUCGAGGUGUUUAACAGAUUUUAUGCAUCCACUACAAAAAGAAGGAAGUUGACUUGGAUAUUUUCACUUGGUAACUGUAAUGUGAUUGGGAGGUUUGAACCAAAGCCCAUUGAGCUUCAACUUACAACUUAUCAGACUGCCGUUUUGUUGCUAUUCAACACAUCAGAUAAGCUAAGUUUUAAGGAGAUUGUGUCCCAGUUGAAGUUACCCAAUGAAGAAGUUACGAAGCUGCUACACUCGUUCUCGUGUUCAAAGUACAAAAUUCUGAUAAAAAAACCAAACAAUAGAAGUAUCUCUGCAAAUGAUACUUUUGAGUUCAACUCUAUGUUUACUGACAAGAUGCGGCGUAUCAAGGUUCCACUUCCUCACGUAGAAGAGAAGAAAAAGGUGAUAGAAGAUGUUGGAAGAAGCAGGGCAUAUGCGAUCGAUGCUGCUGUUGUUCGGAUCAUGAAGGGUAGGAAAGUUUUGAACCACCAACAGCUUGUGGGGGAAUGCUUGGAACAGCUAAGCGGCACUUUCAAGCCCGAUGUAAAAUUGAUUAAGAGACGGAUUGAAGACCUGAUCGUUCGGGAAUUCUUGGACAGGCACCCGGAGAACGCAACAUUGUACAGAUAUCUGGCCUGAUUCAGUAUACUCCUUUUUCUACUUUCAAUUUUUGCCUCUUUAUUGAGGAUUCUUCUGUAUUCAUUCU